AUGCAGCCCCGGCUCGUUCUCCGGCGGGUUCUACUUCUGCGCCCUUCGAACCCCACAUCAGCGACUGGCGCAACUAGAUUCUUCACCCGGCACACGAGUCUCGCCUCACGAAACAGAAGCCGCCCGCAACUGCCCUUCCUAUCCGUGCCGCUAUCGAGGAAUGGGCAGCAAUUCAGAUACUUGACGACAGAGCGCAAGAGAUGGCUGGUAUACGAGGUCUUCUUGGGUUUCAAAUACAUUAUAUACACAUGGGCCAUUGGCGCCUUUCUGCUUGUUGCCUACUAUAGUGUGCAGCAGGAAUGGCUCGAGAGACGAUAUCCCAGUCCGCACGAGUGGGGCUUCAUAACACGUCUGCGAUUCCGCCUGCUGAGAUGGGGCCCUGACAGAACCGAUACACCGGAGCCCAACUGGGUACAGAUCGGAAACUACGCAAAGAACCUGCUGGAGCGCCUGGAAGAUCCGAAUAUCGACGGCGCAGACCUGCAGGAACUGACAGAGGGCGGCAUAUAUAUCGCAGAUGUGGGCAAGUCGGGAUACGAUGUCACAGCCAAAUCCGAGCCCUGGAGGAGGGGGUACUACGAAGUGCUCAUGUGUUGCGCCAAGGCCGCCGAGAAGCUCGAUGACCAUGUCGUCGAUACAACCCGCGGGAUUGUCUUCCCCGCAGAACAGGUCCAUGGUCCAUCCAACCCUGCCCCGAGACCUAUCCCUCCCGGAUCGCCAAGCGCCCCGCAGGAGAAGGACUGCGAACCCUUCUAUGACCCACCUGAGACAUUCUACAUGCGCAUCUUGACGACUAAGGGGUUCUCCAACAAGCAGAAGAUGGACGCGGCCCUCGAGUAUGCUUCCUGGCUCGACUUCAAGGCCGUUCCAGAAGCAGCUGAGAGGAUGUACGAGUGGGCGUUGCAGUUAGCCACAGAAGACACGCCCCAAACCGCGCUACCCUACGAUGCGUCCAAAUAUGUCGUGCGAGGCGACGUCACCAGGCCUUCUGCGAAUGUCCUCACGACACUGACUGCCUUCGCGGCACACAGGGCUAGGAACGGAGAUGUCUCUUCGGCGCUACCGAUGCUCAUCUCCAUCCUGCGAGCCCGACGCUCGCUCCCUAUUGCAGCGCCCAGCGCACAUGUGGGAGCCGAGGUCCUGCCCGAGGACCACAAGACGCCCUGGACAACAGAAAACAUGAUCGGCGUCGUCAAGCGCCUCGUGGCCCCCCCAGCGUAUCCGCCUCCGCCACCGGACGGGAACGCCCCGCCUACCCGCGAUGCCAAGGGUCUAUGCGAGGAAGCCGGACUUAACCUCUACAUCGGCGAGAUCAUCUACGCCAGCGGCUCAGGCGCCUCCGGACGUGAGGAAGGUUUGGCUUGGACCCGCGAAGCGGUGGAUAUCGCGGAGGAGCAGAUAGACAAGAUCAGGUCCGACGUCAACUUCAGAUCCGAUGCGGUCAAGACCUGCAGGGACUGCCUAGGCACGGGAUUGGACAACUGGAUGAAGAUGGCCUCCAAGCUGGCAAAGGACGAGAGGAAAGAGAUUGUAGUCUCAGGGCCCUCGAGCAGCUGGUUCGGCCUCUGGGGAGACGGUCAGGCCAAGAUAGAUGAAGCCGGCCGAUGGGCGGCGGAGGAGAAGUUAGUCAAGGAGCGCACGAGGAGGGCGCAGGAUUUGCUUGAUGAGCUGGAUACACCCAAGUCGGGUAUUGCGAGUCUGUUCUGGGCAUAA